GAUAUUGUGUCGCGAUCAGCCGUCGUCGGUCACUUCCGGUUACAUGACGACGACGACGACGGCGUUGAUACAAAAAGAGAGAAGGAAAACAGGAAAAUACCUUUUCUUGGCGAGAACAGUGGAAACUUAAUAGAAAUAGCCAGAUCUGUAUCGACGGAUUGCUUAUGUUGCGGCACAGCUAACGAUCGACCUCGAGUUAGCCUGGUCGGAUAUCGUGCGAGCGGAGGGAGAUCACAGAUAUUUGGAGUUUAUUGUUCCUCGCUUGCUGCUCAGCUCCCUCCAGCUUCCUAAGCUAUUUCGGUGCUGCCCUACGCUACCUAGCCGAGCAAGCUACCGUGUGUGUGUGUGUUUGCGUGCUAAAUUAGCAAGCGGCUAGAGAGGAAAUAGCGCCGUUAAUCCGUUCAGUUUGCAGCUGGACUUCGCUAACCUCUUCUAGCUCAGUGACAUUUAUUUGGGCGAGAAUGGCAACGUCGGCUCUGUACGCCUGUACGAAGUGUAACCAGCGGUAUCCUUUCGAAGAGCUGUCGCAGGGCCAGCAGCUGUGCAAGGAGUGUCGCAUUGCACACCCGAUAGUGAAGUGCACAUACUGCAGAUCUGAGUUUCAGCAGGAAAGUAAAACCAAUACAAUCUGCAAGAAAUGUGCCCAAAACGUCAAACAGUUUGGAACACCCAAACCCUGCCAGUACUGUAACAUCAUUGCAGCUUUUAUUGGGACAAAGUGCCAGCGUUGUACCAACUCAGAAAAAAAAUAUGGACCUCCACAGACAUGUGAGCAGUGCAAACAGCAAUGCGCCUUUGACCGCAAGGAGGAAGGCAGGAGAAAGGUGGAUGGGAAACUGCUGUGCUGGCUCUGCACUCUGUCCUACCGCCGUGUCCUGCAGAAGACUAAGGAGCAGAGGAAGGGCUUUGGCUCCUCCAACUCCUCGUCCUUGAAUGAGAAAGACCACCACUCCAGACCGCACCAUCAUCACCACCACCACCAACACAGACACAGCAGUUCUCACCACAAGCUGAGUGGGAGCUUGAGUCCCGAGCAGGAGCAGGGACUGUGGAAGCAGAGCCAUAAAUCGUCUUCAAUCCAGAAGGAGACUCCAAAGAAGAAACCAAAACUGGAGAUGAAGCCAUCCAACGGGGACAGUAGUUCCAUCACCCAGUCUAUGGAUUCAGGAGGAACGGACAACUUCAUUCUCAUCAGCCAACUGAAAGAGGAAGUUAUGUCACUGAAGAGACUUCUGCAGCAAAGGGAUCAGACCAUUCUAGAGAAGGAUCGUAAGCUCACAGAGCUCAAAGCAGACUUUCAGUACCAGGAAUCCAAUAUGAGGGUCAAGAUGAACCAAAUGGAGAAAUCGCACAAAGAGUCUAUGGAACAACAGCAGGCCAAGAACAGAGAGUUGAUGAAACAAGUGGCUGCCCUCUCAAAAGGAAAAAAGUUUGACCGGACAGGAAGUUCACUGCUGUUGCCCUAACAAUAGGCCGGCCAGCGGGUAACAACACAGAGCGGCUUCAUUGUUUUAACACUGUGACAGUCUCCCUCCUGUGUUUCCUCAUUGCCAUCAGCAUCGAUUACUUCUUAAUUGGUAAAGCCAGAGACCAUGUUGUACAUGGGAAUCAAUUGUUGAAUCAAAGAACAAGAAACCUUUCUCUAAAUGUCAACAUAUUUUAGAUAUUUUAUGGCAACUUUUCCACUGGAUCGUAGGGUGUGGCUUUGGAUGGAGGAUGGAGCCCUCGUUUUUAACACUGCCGGGCCAAAACAAAAAGCAUGGUGUGCAUAUGUGGAUAGCAUUCUGUCGACUCAGUGUAUCCACUUAACUUUUAUGGAUGUCAUGCAAUUUAUUUAUUCAACUGUAUUUCUUAGCUUUUUUAUUUCCUCACAACAUACUAAGAGAAUAUCCCACAUUUUGGGGGUUUUCUUCAAUAGCAAUUAGUUAUAUUUUUCUAAAUGGAUGAGAUUGUGGAAGACACGUUCUCCUUAACGGAGACCCUGCGCAACUUUACAAUGUAUGCAAACGUGGGAAGGGUGACCACUGAGCUGCUGCUCGACGCUAGAGAACUCUCUCAGUAACAAUUCAUAAAACAACCAAUGAACAUUUUGAAAGGCUGUUUGAUAAAGAGACACCUCUUGGCUGCCCUCUUUCUCACUGUGUGACAGCUGUAGUGCUUUGCUGUUUCUCUUUAGUGGAACGAUUGUAAUACUGCAUGAUUUUACUGCCAGAUACCAGUUGGCGUUGUGGUCAGACUUCUUUAUUUCCCCCCUUUUUAAUUAGUUUUUUAAGAAUCACUUGUAAAUGUAUUCCUGGGAUCAGCCAUUGUAUUUAAACUAUUGCUUGUAUCUGUUUUAGUGAGUACAGUAUGUGUAUGGUAAGGCCAGUUGAAAUUAACAUGUCUGUAGAAGAUGCUUUUUAAAGGAACACACCUUUCACCUUGCAUUAUUGGACUGGUUUCAUACUGUGGCGUCCAAGAUCACUUUUGUACUUUUUUCCAAACCAAGUGUUUUAAAACUAUUAAAACUGGCUAAACUGUUA